UCUCCACACUGUUAUAAAGAUGGCGUUUAUUAAAGAGGAGAGUGAAGAUGUGAAGAUUGAAGAAACAUUCAGAGUCAAACAGGAAGAUCUGCAGGAACAAACAGACCUAAUUGAAGAGAAUGAGGGGAGUAAAGAGGAGGAACAUCAUGUCAAAAUUGAGGAAAAAACACAUUUUCAGACUGAUGGUAUUUUGAAAAGGAAAGACAAGAAUCGUUUCACCUGCACUCAGUGUGGAAAGAGUUUUGUAAGACAAAGCAAUCUUAAAAUUCACAUGAGGAUCCACACUGGAGAAAAACCAUUCACAUGCACUCAGUGUGGAAUGAGUUUCAUCCAAUCAUCACACCUUAAUAAUCACAUGAAAAUCCACACUGGAGAGAAACCAUUCGCAUGCACUCAGUGUGCGAAGAGUUUCAGUUUAUCGUCAUCCCUUAAUCUACACAUGAGGAUCCACACUGGAGAGAAACCUUUCAAAUGCACUCAGUGUGGGAAGAGUUUCAACCAAUCAGCACACCUUAAUGAACACAUGAAGAGGCACACUGGAGAGAAACCAUUCACAUGCACUCAGUGUGGGAAGAGUUUCAGCUGCUCAUCAAACCUUUAUCAACACAUGAGGAUCCACACUGGAGAGAGACCAUUCACAUGCACUCAGUGUGGGAAGAGUUUCAGCUACUCAUCAUACCUUAAUCUACACAUGAGGAUCCACACUGGAGAAAGACGAUUCACAUGCACUCAGUGUGGUAAAAGUUUCAGCAUAUUAUCAUCCCUUAAUAGUCACAUGAGGAUCCACACUGGAGAGAAACCAUUCACAUGCACUCAGUGUGGGAAGAGUUUCAGCAUAUCAUCAUCCCUUAAUAGUCACAUAAGGAUCCACACUGGAGAGAAACCAUUUACAUGCACUCAGUGUGGGAAGAGUUUCAGCCAAUCAUCAUCCCUUAAUAGGCACAUGAGGAUCCACACUGGAACAAAACCAUUCACUUGCACUUAAGCCGCGGUCACACUGGACUUUUCUCCCCUUAGACUUCCAUUCAUACUGUUAGACUUUUCCUAGUCCUCCCAGGUUAAAACAUCAGUCAGAGGCUUUAAAUAAGUUUUAUCAAUUAAAUUAAUUAGAUGAAUAAAGCAUUACAGAGCUCCGGGUGUCAGAGAAUAGCAACACAGGGUGUCUGUGUCAGCUGGGCACACACACCCACACCCUUGUCCCCCCUAUAUUUAUCGUUGUCUCUCUUCAGCCCCGCCCGGGGGCGCUUCAGUAAGAAAGAUCCUCCAUCCAGAUCAGUUCAAUCAUCAGUUGUUAGGCAGAACAGGAAAUCUGCACAGAAAAAGUUACACAUACACAUAACAGAGCCUGAAAGAGAGUGAGCCUUCGCCCCUCCCGUCUGUUAUGGUUCCUGUAAAUGAGCAAACUCUGAAAGUGAAAUUGUAACAUUUUGUUGAUAACAAGUACAGAGGAGUUAACUUCUCGGUUAUCAGUCACACGAAGACACAGCUGUUAUGGAGCAAGGUUAGAUGAGGUUAAGCACAUGAGGUUAUAUGAGGAUAAACACAUCAGCAUAAGCUCAUGUAAUUAGUUAAAAACAGAAUUAAACUGUUAAUGCAAGGAUUAGUCUAUUAAUGUAUAGGAUGAAGUUAAAAUAAUCAAAAAAUCCUUCAAUACGCACGCCAAUGCGUCAGACCAGAAACGCAAGUUCGUGUGUCAAGUUUCGCAGAUCGCCUUGCAAAGUUCAACCUUGGUAAACUCUGACCUGCGAAAUCGCAUCACUUGACUGUGUGAGACCAAUCAAAGAUCAAAACAUGACCUCUCGACUAAAAUGUAAAAUAUGGACCAAACGCUCACUUUUUAAAUGUCUAAUCAUCUUGUUUAAUCCCGCCCCUUUUUGCUGCGCCGUACAACAAAAUUUCGCAUGCUCAAACUCGAGUGUAAUCGUAGCUUU